AUGCCAGACCGCAGCCCCUCAUAUGACUCUCGCGAUAGCUCUCCGGAGCCAGAGCGCAAUCGCGAACGUCCUGUCGAUCGCGACAAGGGUCGAGAAAAAGAGAAAGAAUUACAGAAGGAUCGCGAGAGAGACCGCGCGAGGGACAGGGAAAGAGAUAAGGAAAGAGAUCAAUACCGUGAUAUGGAGAGAGAUCUGGACAGAGACAUCGAUCGCGAUAUUGAUCGUGAUGUUGAACGCGAUAUUGAACGGGACAAAGAGAAGGAUAGGGAGAGAGACCGAGAGAGGGAGAAGAUCCGCGACAGACUUUUGAACGACAAAAAAGAAAGAGAGCCUGCAAAGCCGCUUGAUGAUAAAAGAGAUCGCAUCAAACCAAUGGAUAACAUAAGAGACAGUCAAGACAACUCUCCAGACGGCAGGCGGGGAGACCGCAACAAACCAUUAAAUGACGCAAGAGAUACUCGCGACAAAUCACCAGAUGAAAGAAGAGAUCGAGAUCGCAACAAGCCUCUAAACAAUCGAAUGGAUAGCUACGACAGUUCGCCCGACAAAAAGGACCGGAGACCACUGAACAGCCGACGGGACAGCUAUGAUAGCUCACCAGAUAAGAGAGAUCGGAAACCAUUGAACAACCCAAAGGAUAGCUACGAUAGUUUACUCGAUAAGAAGGACCGGAAACCAUUGAACAACCGAAAGAACAGUUACGACAGUUUACUCGACAAGAAAGACCGAAAACCGCUGAACAACAGAAAGGACAGUUACGACAGUUUACUCGACAAGAAGGACCGGAAGCCAUUGGACGACAGAAGAGACAGCCGCGACAGAUCGCCGGACGAUAGAAGAGACCGAGAUCGUAGCAAACCACUAAACAAUCGAAGAAAUAGCUUCGAUAGUCUACCAGAUAAGAAGGACCGGAGACCCCUGGACGACAGACGGGACAGUCGCGACAGAUCACCCGAUGACAAAAGAUACCAAGAUCGUAACAGACCUCUGGAUGACCCGAGGGAUAGUCGCGAUAGAUCGCCCGAAGACAGAAGGGAUCGGGAUCGCAACAGACCACUCGAUGACAGAAGAGACAGUCGGGACAGAUCUCCAGAUGACAGACGAGACCGAGACCGUGUCAGACAAUUCGACGACAGAAGGGAUAGCCGUGAUAGAUCACUGGAUGGCAGACGAGACAGUCGCGACUAUGGAAAAGACAGAGACUACGACGAUCCCAGAGACAGUCGACAUGACGUUGGAAGGGACCACGUCAACGGUAGAGACAGACUCAAAGAUCGGGAUAUCGACAGAGACAGACGUCGCGACAGUCGCAUACCUCCACGAGUAGCUCGAGAACCCCGAGAGCAUCCUCCAUCGGCCAGUAAGCGAAACAGCAUCACAGGCCGUCUCCUCGGAUCUUUCAGAGCAGCUCGUGGUGGUGGCGAUAAAGAGAAGGAGAUCCCCAUACCAGCGGCAGCAGCCUCAGUUCAGCGUCGCGCCUCUACCGCUGUUACAAAAGGCAGCCCAGUUACUCGCAUCCGGGAGUGGCUCGAUGCUUGUAACGCUGAACACCAUCACCACUGCGCCGUUGGCUCGGAGUCUGAUGCCCCAACCUGGCGUCCUACUUGGCUCAUCGAUGUUGUGGAUCGUCGCCUUGUUAAAGCGACACCUAAAGAUCGUUACCUAGCUCUCAGUUAUGUCAGCGGAUCUCAUCGCAAUGAGCCGCAAGAAUACAUGCAGCUGCUCAAGUCUAACCUUGCAGUUUUUGAGGAUCGUCUGCCGAAUCUUGAUAUGCCUCAGACGUACCUGGACGCUAUGUGGCUUGCGAAGAAGCUGGGUAUUCGACACAUCUGGAUUGACCGGAUCUGUAUUACCCAGGAUAACCGGGAGGAAAUGGAGGACCACACUAAGCACAUGGCAUAUGUCUUUGCGAAUGCUUAUCUCGUCAUUGUGGCAGCUUCUGGCGACAUUCACACUGGACUGCCUUCUCUCGAUCCGAAGCGAUCAACACGAGGCAUUCGUACCACUGGUCGUACUCACCAAGAGCUCGUAGCAGCUUCGUCUUGGUACACCAGAGGCUGGACGCUUGUCGAGCGCAUCUACUCUCGACGUUCAGUCUUCUUCUUUGAAGACUCAGUAACUUGGGAAUGCCACUGUGAGACAUGGCAGGGAAGUCCGAACAGUGUCAUGAAGAAGCUCCGAGGAGGUCGUCAAGACUGUGUCGGUACUAUUCCCGAUGCUGUUCUUGCAUUCCAGCAUCCACGCUGGCCUGACCUUGACGAGUAUGCUCGUUAUGUCAUGGAAUACAGCGCCCGAAAGUUGACACUUGUUGACGAUACUCUGCCUGCGUUUUCAGGAAUCACCCAUGUUCUUUCUCGUUCAUUCCCUGGUGGCUUCAUCUACGGCAUGCCUGUUAUGUUUCUAGACAUUGCUCUUCUUUGGCGUCCCCAUGCCUCUAUCAGAAGAAGAGCACUCUCGCGUCCGCCGUUCCUCCCGUCGUGGUCUUGGAUGGGCUGGUGGUUUGAUAACAUCCCCGUCGACGUGACCUUGUGGAGAGCAGCUGCGGAUUACGUGGAAGAGGCUCGAACUGGAAAACGUGGUCAGGAAUCGAAACGGUACCGAUCCGCACACGCCUUUAGGAUCAGACCUACUGUUUCUUGGAGCUUGACGGACCGUGCUUCAACUGUACCCCUCAUGAACACUGGUCUUCAGUACAAUAAUCUCAGGAGUCGUCGUGCCCCCAACACAGAGUUACCGAUGGGUUGGUCUCGAAGUGGCUCACAUUAUGUCCACGACAGCGAUGAGACUGCAUUAUUCAAAUACCCCGUCCCUGUUGAGGACCCUGCCGAUAGCGGUGGUUAUGAGCCUGCUGUAGGUGAGCAAGCCUACCCUGGGCCAUUGCUUUCGUUCCGGACAACUUCUGGUUUCUUCGACAUCGAAUUCCACACUACUCUCGCUCAUCGCGAGCGACCCAACCCGCCUCUUGCUGUGGGUACAAUCUGGAACAAGUCCAACCGGUGGGCAGGGCAAUUCCGUGCUCACGAUGCAUGGUUGGGCAUCCAAUCCUCAAACUAUGAUGGCGAAGAGCGCCUCGAAUUUAUUUGUAUUUCUAUCGCCACUGAACGUCGAGGCUCACAUGUCUUUGAUACCGACAAAUUCGAAGAGCACAUGGACGCGGAUGGUAUGGUUGACUUCGUCAAUGUUCUCUGGAUCGAGCGGAUUGGAGAUAUUGCAUAUCGACGAGGUGUUGGACAGAUCUUGCUCAAGACUUGGGAGGCACAAGCUAAGGAUGAGGUCGCGGUUCUUCUUGGUUAA